AUGUCGUACAGUUCUGGUCACAUGCAAGACCCUUCAAAUCUGCCCGUCAAUACUGGUGCCUAUGGUCGACAAAGAUCACAAAUUGCAAGACCAGUCAACAACCUACCAAUCAAUCAUACCCCUAGGAGCAGGACCUCAUCCAUCUCAGAUGUCGAUACUCAACCAGUAUCAGCGCCGGCCGUCAAAAGAUCUACCAGUCGUGGAAACCGGCUGUCCAUGCUUCCACGGCCCAGUAUUGGCAGUACGGCAUCUCCAACUACGCCGGUGUCGGCUGCGUCUUCUCAAAAUUCCACCCAGCCUUCGUUCUCGUCAUUUUCAAGUCCCGAUGUUAACAACACUUCGCCUUUUGUUGCUGGACAACAAUUGCCCCCAAAGCGAGCACGGAACGUUUUGCGGAGAAGGGCACCGACAAUAGGACAGCACGUGGAGCAAUCUCAUCCUAACAAGCUUAGUCUUGUCAUUCCACAGGGUUCUCAACGAGUUGACAUGAACAAUGCCUCCAUCUACAAUCAAUCGGCAUCUUCAAUGUCGGCCCACUCUGCUUCUUCGUACAAACCAAAGGACAAGAGCCAUAGCAGCGUUACUGUCAACUCGGCAGGUUCCAAAUUGAAUGGCCCGAAAGAGCUGGCAAGUCUGAGAACAACGGUUGAUACUCAAAACUUGCCACCCCCUCCCGCACCCUUUUUUCCGGCAAGCAGCCCCUCAACAAGAUAUUCGGUUUCUCCGAGUAUUUGGAGUCGAGGAUCCACACCAACUUCAUUAUCCUCUUAUUCCCCAGGUAUUGUGCACUCUACAAAGAUUGGUCGUUCGAGGCAGCCAAGCCAAUCUCAAACGAGAUUACCUGUUUUUUCUCCUUCAGCAGUACACCCGAGUCCUCAACAAGACAAAAUAGAAGUCAAGAUACAGAUGCAAGUUGGUACAAAGACCCCUGAUCCGAGACCAGUACGGGAUAUCAAGUACCGUGGACCUCCAACGGUCAAACCCUCCUCAUCGGACAUUCGAGGACCCCCUCGUAGUCCUCCCCCACGAAAGUCAUCAGUCAACUUUAGCCCUCCACAAGCCACAGAUAUCGAUGUGGAACAGGCUCGUAAGGAAGUGGAGGAGGCUGAGAGGCCUUUAUUUGAUCCAAAAGGGGCAAUGGAAUGUUCCUCCACACGCAUUGCGGAGGCACCACAGAUGCCCCAGACCCCACCACGACCAAGCAGAGAUGGUACUCACCGCUUGGUUCUUGAAACAUCACCUAUUGUCCAAAGCAACUUGCGCUAUAUCAGAACAACAGGCCAUACAAGGCGCGAGUCGAUAGAGAAGAUUUUAGCAAGCCAGCGGCCCACUCCGAUUCCAAAUCAAUCGGCCGCCGCGUCAAUUGACUCGCUCCAUUCGAGAACUAUCUCACGGGUGUCGUCUGGUGAUGAUGCUUCUCCAGUAUUACUUCGAAAGUCACCUCGGACGCUGACAAAGGAGAUUCCGAAAGAGAAGGUGGAACCAAAGAGGAUACCAGUGCCUAAGCGAUUUGGUCUUUUCCCGAAAAAGUCCAAGCCAGACUUUGCUGAGAACACGAUAGAACAAGCCCGGCUUCCUCGCAAAGGCCCUGCGGCGGGAACUGGGCAUGAGGGUUACGGCAAAUACGGACAACGCGGCCGAAAGGCAAGCGGAAGUAGCAGCAGUGGCACGAGAACCAGAUCGACAAGCACUACUCGGAGUGCCGCCAGCAAGAAUAGUUCUUCCAGCCGGCCGGAACUGGAUAUCGAUGAGUUUUUGAUGAGCCGUCUGGAGCCUGUCAUUAUCAACGGUGGGGGUGUCGAUGGCGCAUCUUUGUCACGGACGCAGAGUGAACAGAGUAUGAGCAGUGUCAGUGUUGCAUCUACUUCGAACUUGCCUUACCAAGCGCUCUCAUACUCGACUGGGCCUUCUACCGACUCCCUUGCAACUUCGACUGGGACAUUCGGCGAGACUAUUACACCAAGUGAAUUUAGUGGCACGACACGGAGCCAGAGCCCCGAACGUCAACCGAAGUCUGUAGGUCGUCCGAACCCAUCCAAGUCGCACGUUCCAGUGCCCAAAGGCAAGAGACACGGUGUGUUCGCGAACCCUCAAGCUGCCCUGACCAACAUUUCACUAUCGAGUCAGCCGUCGAGCAUUGUGGCUCCGAGUCAACCGAAACGUGCUGGUCAGCAGUCCUCGGACAAAUCACUCAAGUCCACACAGGAUGAGCCACAGCAAUCCAAGAAAGGCAAAGCAUCAAUGUGGAGUUUCUUCCAGAAGAGCCGUGCCAAUGAGCAGAAAGCUGCGCCUCCGACAACUGAACCCCAAAUCAGCAAGCUACAUGCAACCAUCACCCCAGCGCUGAACACUCGAACUGUCGCCCAUUACGCCCUGGUCGAUGCUGACUCAGACGAUUUGAACGAAACCAUCAAGAACAUCGAGGACUCGCCACCAACCGAAGAGGAAGAAACGUUCAAACCAGUGGAAGUUCCACAAGGCUUGAAGAUCCGCAAGAGAGAACCUUCGAUCCUCCUGCCUCCUCCACCAAAAUUGCACGGCGAGUUCGAGAAAGACGACCGCCCAUCCCCAAGAACGGCCAUGUUCAAUCGCAACCUCAUCCCCCCAGAAAUGGAGACCUCACCCGAACGCCCAAGACGACUAGCUUCUAUUGGCCGUAUUCCCCAGGUCGUCUCUAGGCGCGAUAGACAUCAUCGACCCGCUAUGCAGUCCUUCUCGCGUCCUUUCAGUUUGGUCGAGUCUCCGUCCCUCACUGUCCCAACAACACAGACUAUGUGUGAUCCCCCGCUGGCAGCAACUGCAAAUGUACCCUUGAAUCUGGGCAUUGCGCUCAAUGAAUCUCCUGAAUGGGGCCAUGGAUUCAAUCCGACUUUCAGCGCGUCCGAGAACACCAGUGCUUUAGAAUUCCUCGCUGGUCCGUUUUCAACAUACGAGUUUCUCAAAUUUCCACCGAAAAAAGGGUCAACCUCGUCAGAUAGCUCCGGCGCGAUGGCUGCCGUGACGGCUGUGCCGCCAGUUCAUGGUUCCCCGCCGACAGAGGACGAGGUAUGGAAUGAGUAUGAUGAUCUUAUUGAUCACGUUCUGUCGCCGGAUGAACCCAAGUCCGAGAAGACGGGCAGGACUGACGAAGAGGACCGUUUUCAACUUGCCACUAUGGCUAGCAGGGCUCUCCAAGAUGAGUUGAAUAGUGCGCACCAUCUUCAGUCGGUGCCUGGUGGCGCUUCGGCUCGAUCCAGUGGCAGCUCGGUUCAUCUUCGUCGAUCGCGUAUCGUCUCGGCUCUGCAGUCUUCUACUGCCCCUUCUUCUCAGCCUUCGUAUAGUGACCUUGCUGAGCAAUAUGAUAAUCUCGAUGAAUUGAAGGAGGAGCUUGUCGAUUCUUCUGAGCAGUCGUCUGCUAACGAUCAGCGCCGCGAGAACCAGUCUACUUUCCUCAACUCGCUUGCUGCUGUUCCUUCUCCCAGACCCAAGAUUCAUCGCGAACAAGAGGCCAGCUCGUCAGAGCGUGAAUGGGAUGCAGAGACGAAUGCCAAUAUGCGUUCCGCUUCAUUGAUGACAAGCCGCUGGCUAUCGUUCGGUCGAGUCCUCUUUAGCCCAGCCCAUAACCACGUCAAAGCCGGAGCCCAAGGACGAAUCCUCAUGAUUGAUGGGCUGGGCAAUGACGACUGGUCUUUCUACUGCUCUCUGACAUACCCAGAUGCAGAAGUCUACAGCCUCGGUGGCCGCCCCGUCUCUACAUCAGUCCCCCACCCCGCCGCAUGGAAACCCCCAACAAACCACCACAUCGUCUAUCACGCUGGCCUCGGAAAUCCCCUCCCCUUCCCAAAAGACUACUUCACCGUCGUGGUACUACGCUUCCCAGCCGUAUGCUCGGAAGCGGUACAGAGAAACAUCGUGCAAGAAUCCAAGCGCGUCCUACGCACAGGCGGCUAUCUCGAGAUGACCCUCUUAGACCGCGACAUGGUCAACAUGGGCCCGCAGACGCGCAAAGCCGUCCGCCACCUGAAAGAGACGACCUGUCUCUCCGACGCAACCCUCUGCCUCAAGCCCACGAGCGACAGCAUCCAGCGCGAGAUCGGCGCCCACGGUUUCGACAGUCUCCGCCGCUGCAUGGUCCGUAUCCCUGUCGCAGGAAUGGUCCUCCGCUCCUCGGACUCCUCGUCCCACUCUUUCUCCUCAAUGACCAAUCCCUCCGCGUUCUCAUUGCCUACCAUCUCCAUUACGACACCCGGCAGCACGAGCACACGCACCGCGUCGAAAUCGCCCUCCUCAGCCAACAUCUCCCUGGGCGAUCUCCUCUCCGACCCAUCCCCAUCACCGGCAAACGACGAGUCCAUCGCUAAAAUCGUCGCCCGCGUCGGGAGAUGGUGGUACUCGAAAUGCUAUGAGGAUCCAAUCUUCUCGCGCGCCGAGACAACCAUGUGGAAUGACCGCAGGGUGCUGCGCGAGUGCCAGAAGCGCGGGACGGGCUUCCGCAUGUUUAUCGCUUAUGCGCAGAAACCGAGUGAAGUUCCCCGGCGCACGGCGAGUGUCUGA